AGAGAACAUGAGUGUUUGUGAAACUAAGUGUGGAAAAUGAGUUUGCCCGAGGGAAACUGUGUGUGUGUGUGUGUGUUUGUGAAUGUGUAAGGCAGCGCCCAAGUGACUGUGGAGGUAAGAAUCUCACCACACCACACGGGAGGCCAUUUGGCCCAUCCUACCCAUGCAACUCAUCUACAGAUUGUAUUAUCCCUCCGCUGAUUUCUCUCUGAGAAUCGAUUCCAGGAAGAUCAGGACUUAAUAGCUUUCAUUGCAGAAGCUGCUGCUGAUAUUGCCUGGGGUCUGAAGAAGGGUUUCGGCCCGAAACGUCGCCUAUUUCCUUCGCUCCAUAGAUGCUGCUGCACCCGCUGAGUUUCUCCAGCAAUUUUGUGUACCUUUGCUGCUGAUAUUGUUGUGGAGGGAUUGGUUCCGGGUGGAGGGCCGGGUCCAAGUUUGUUUCUGGAACAGAAAUUGAAAGUAAAAGUGGACAUUUCUCCACCCGUCGUUUUUGGAGAUGAGCCGCGGGUCGAGCUCUGGCUUCGACCGCCACAUCACCAUCUUCUCGCCCGAGGGGAGGCUCUACCAAGUGGAGUAUGCCUUCAAAGCCAUCAACCAGAGUGGUCUCACCACAGUGGUCAUCAGAGGAAAGGACUCGGUUGUGGCUGUGACUCAGAAGAAGGUGACGGACAAGCUGGUUGAUGCCAGCACAGUGACCAACAUGCAUCGACUAACGGAACACAUUGGCUGUGUGAUGACAGGCAUGUUAGCGGACUGCCGGUCCCAGGUGCAGAGGGCUCGACAUGAAGCUGCCAAUUGGAAAUACAAGUAUGGAUACGAUAUCCCGGUGGAAAUGCUGUGCAAGCGAAUGGCGGUCAUCUCCCAGGUCUACACUCAGAAUGCAGAAAUGAGACCUCUAGGAUGCUGCAUGUUGCUCUUUGCCAUCGAUAUGGAACGCGGACCCCAGCUGUUCAAGUGUGACCCUGCCGGUUAUUACUGCGGCUUCAAGGCCAGCAGCGUAGGGGUUAAACAGAUCGAAGCCAACAGCUACUUGGAAAAGAAGUUGAAGAAGAAGCCAAACCUGACGUACAAAGCCACGGUGGAGCUUGCAAUUUCCUGUUUGACCACCGUCCUUGCACAGGACUUCAAGGCUACAGAGAUAGAAGUUGCCAUUGUCACCGCGGAGAAUCCCACCUUCAGCAUCCUCAGUGAAUCAAAGAUCGAGAAGCAUUUGGUGGACAUUGCAGAGAGAGACUGACUCCCUCACGAAGACCAAGUGAAGCUCAGUUUAAAGGCUGCUCUGCAAACAGGAGAAAGCAACGAAUACAUAAAACAUUCCUCCUUCCUGCACUCCCUCAAUGUCUUCACACCACUUUCAAGCAGAGAUUCACAAAUGCAGUCGUUUUAAUUAGAGAAUGUUGAUUGUUCUGUGUGUGUAAAAUACUCUGAGCAACUCAGAAUUAAAAAUGAAGAUGAACAUAA